AUGAAUAAUUUACCAACGGAACUACUGCACUCAGUCUUCUCAUUACUAGCUAAUGAUCAAAAGACAAUAUCGCAAGUGACUCUAGUAUGUAGACAAUGGAACGCCAUCGCGCGUCCUUUAUUAUAUAGACGUCCACAAAUUUUUAGUCUUCAAGCUUUUCAUAAAUUUCUAAAAAUACCAAAAUUUUCUGGACUUUUAGUUCGUGAGAUUGAUCUCUCAUUAUUACCACAUCGUUGGUCAAACAUAACUGAUCCGGACAUCAUCGCUUUGAUUUCCCUCUGUCCAAACUUAACAUUUCUCGACAUCAACUAUUGUGCACAACUUCACGAUAGCACGCUAAAGCAUAUCGCCCGAACCUUAGGACCGCAUCUAACAAACUUGAAUGUGUCACAGUGUCCUAAAUUCACCGAUGAUGGAUUCAUGGCGUUGGCGACCGAGUGUAGUGCACUCACCACGUUGAACUUCUCAUAUACUGACAUAACUGAUCUGGCAUUAUCACAAAUUGCAACAACGUGUCCAACUAUUCGAUGGCUGAAUUUAAAGUGUUGUGAGUUGGUGACCGAUCUAAGUUUAUUGGAGCUCAGAAAAUGGUGUAAAGAUUUAAGGGUGGAAGUGAUCGGGUGUUGGGGUGUCGUGAUGGAGGACAUUGAAACAGAAUAUGAUGGCUCUAGAGAAAUGGGAAAAUGGGGGACUAUUAGAGAUGUGGGCUAG